AUGCUUAGGGAGCUAAACCUGCUUACGGAGCACGAACUAUGGGAACACAACUCGAACUACGCCCCAACUCCUGGCUACUGUGGCAGCACCUACGCAGCGCUAUCUACCUUGAGUACCUCCCCUUCGAUCGUAGCUGAGAAUGGUAUUGAGCCCUCUAAAAAUUCUGGCCCACACAUUCUUAAAUUUCUUCAGCUGUGUGAAUGGGAAGAUGGAAAAUCCUACGAUGAGGACCCGCUAACGUGUAUCCACUACCGUAUAGAGUGGCGAGUGACCGUCAAUAAUAGGGAGGUGUUAAAGGACACGGAGGAAGAUGUCGUUUUGGCAUCUAGCGCCUUCUAG